GCAACUAUGAUGGUUAUAAAUCCGUGAUUGAACUUCAGUGGGCGCCUGUGAGUCUGCAGUCAGGACUCCUCCUGCCUCCAUCAGCCAGCAAGCUGCGUGUCUCUCCUCAUCAGAUGCUGAGGGAGUAGCUCAGAAAGGAGGGAGGAGGAAGAAAAAAACACAACAAAAAGACAAAAAAAAACAAAAACAAAAAAACAUUUCAGCACCGGAGCUGUCCGCGGUUCUUGGAGAAGUGCUGCCGAGGGGAGAGAGGCUGCUUCCGACUGUAAAUUGUCCUUUUGUGGGACUGUGAGGAAGGAGGGAAUAAUAAACUGCUGUCAUUCAUCUCUCUGCGGGGCUUCUACAGGCGAGUAACGGCGCAUAUAGGCUUACUUCAUUCGAGCAAAGUCUUGCCAUGCUGGACUGCCGGGCUUGAGACAGAAAGGACAAAGUCUCCGCACAAGUCGAGGUGAAAAAAAAGCCAGCCUUUACUCUUUACGCCAUGGGAGUGCUCAUGUCAAAGAAGCAGCAGGUGGAGAAGGUGCAGAAAUGCAACGCUGUGGUCUCUGCCUUCCAGGCGGGCAUUAAGGACCGCCCUGCCCCAGCAAAACAGGCAGAUGGAGAAGUGGAGGACGGCGAGGGCCCUGCUAAACCUUCAGCCAAUCCUGACAAGAACACCCAGGAGGCGGAGCAAGAGGAAACAGAAAAUAGCGCAGGUUCUUCGACCUUCCACCAUGCCUCUGGGGUGGCGAAGGACGAGUGCAAGGUCAACCAGGAGUCUUGGUCGAGGCUACGGGACGGAAAAGGAGUGGAGCCAGAAGAUCUUGACAAGAGUCAUCAGCUCACGCCGCCUGCUUUUGUGCGGCCCAAAAGGGAUCCCGAUGAUGACCAGCCUGUAGAGGUGGAGCUGGAAAAGAAGGAGCAGCCACCGAGCGAUGAGAUGUGUGAAGUGUGUGAGGUGUGGACGGCCGACGACCUGUACCCAUGCAGGAUCUGCACUCGGAUGUUCCAUGACGGCUGCCUGAGGGAGCUGGGCUACCUGCGUGCCGAGGCCCUGCAGGAGAUGAGAGACACGGCCCACACUGUUACCGGCUGGAGCUGCUACUAUUGCGAUAAUCUGAAUCUACUCCUAACAGAGGAAGAGAUGUACAGCCUUCUGGAGACCUUUAAGCAGUGCAAGAUCAUCCCAGAGUCAUACCUGGUGUCAGAUGAGCUGCUGCAGUACCGCCACUUUGCAUCCAAGCAGCAGUUUGAUAAGGACCUGACUGAUGAGCAAGAGGAGGAGGUCCUGGCCCAGUUUGCAGCGCUAGAUCCUGAGAAGAAGGGUCACAUUGAAUGGUCGGACUUCCUUUACUUUGAGUCUAUGGCAGUCUUGAGGAAGUUUCGCUCCGAGAACUCACUGGUGCGUCUGCUGACUGCCAAGGAGAGAAACAACGCACGGGCAGUGUUCCUGGGUCUGGACCUGGAUAAAGACGGCAUGAUCACAAAAGCAGAAUGCCGCCAGGCCCAGCAGUCUUGGUUCCACAAGGUCAACAAAGACUCACAGUCUUGUAAUGUGAGACUCAUGGGACUCUGCUCUCCUUUGUAUUGUGGUAUAAGUCAUGUUGGUCCAAUAUGCGAGAGCAGCCCAGCCAGCUCUGGCAGUGAAAGGAGCAAGACUGAAGACAGCAGGCCAGUGACCUGGGCAGACUUUUUAAAGGAGAGUGCCAUCUACAUUUUGGCUGCGCGGGCCAAUAGUUCUGCCAUGCACAUCCGUCUGCCUCUAUAGUCCAGGAUCCUCAACGGCCCCCCAGCAGACCGAGAGGGAGAGAGAGAGAGAGGGUGUAUACCAUAUGGUCAACAGAUGAGCGGAGGAAGAAAGACGUGGUGACACGAUGACAUGCGGAAGGCAACUUAGCGAACUGGAUGAAGCACUACUGAGA